UAAAAUGGCGGCUAACAAGGCCUCUGUUCCCGCGAACAAUCCACCUUUUGAUGUGCCUGGCUGGGCAGGAAAACCACCACAGGGACUUCAUUUAGAUGUUAUGAAACAGACGAAUUUAGUAGAGAAACUGAUUAUUGACCAGAAGCCAUACUACUUAUUUGGAAGAAACAAAGAAGCUUGUGAUUUUAAUUUGGAACACACAUCAUGUUCUCGAGUCCAUGCAGCUCUGGUCUUUCACAAACAUCUGAAUAGAUCAUUUUUGAUUGAUCUUAAAAGCACACAUGGUACUUUUAUUGGAACAAUACGUUUAGAGCCUCAAAAACCAACACAAGUUCAAGUAGAUAGUGUGAUAAGGUUUGGUGCAUCUUCUAGAAGCUAUGUUCUGCGAGAAAAGCCAGCAAUUCCAAACACUGGACUUAAAGCAGAUGAUUCAGGAAAAAUGGAGGAUGAUAAUGAAGAAAGUUCAAAAGGAGGAUUACUGGGACUUCCUGAAUCAGACACAGAAUUAGAUGAUUUAACAGAGUUCAACACGGCACAUAACAAAAGGAUUUCAUCUCUUGGCAUUGAGGAAGGAAGUACAAAUUUACCAGGUGUCACAUCCUUAAAACGGAAACGUAGGUCCUCAUUAUCUGUUCAGUUUAGAGAAGGAGAAGAAAUUAUAAAUCCAGAGGAUAUUGACCCCACAGUAGGAAAGUUUAGAAAUAUGGUUCAAACGUCUAUUGUAAUUCCAAACAAGAAAAUGCGAGGACCAGUUUCACCAGUAGGAAGCCUUACAGAGAACAUUACGCGCCGUCUCCAAAGCUUUCCCUACUCCCAGGGUCUCUACUCCAAUCUCCCAGGCACAGGGAGUGUAACAGAACCUACAAGCCCUACCUCACCCAUGGCACAACACAAACCUCGACUGUCCAUCACAUCAGCCCCUGAUGUGUCCUCACCAGAGUUGGCUGAGGUCCCUGUUCAUCAUGCUCCAGAGCCCAUCCCUGCUGGGCCUGUUAUGCAAAAUGCAACAAAGACAAUUACAGAAGCUCCUAAAAAGAAGAAGUAUGCUAAGGAAGCUUGGCCUGGAAAGAAACCAACCCCUUCUUUGCUCAUUUAGCAGUUGUUUAAUAGAUGGCUUUUUAGCUUAUUUCAAGAUUCAAAAUGGUUGAAUCCUAAGUUGAAGUUUCAUGCCAGACAAGAGUCUAAGAUGGUAGUUUUAAAUCUAGUGGAAUAUAACUGUGCUGUAUCAUGAGCCAUACCAUGGCUUUUGUUAAACAAGAUAUAUAGACAAAAAAGAACAGAUUGCGACUCCUUUAGCAACAUGUGGAAGGAGCAACAAACAUAAAAUAUUAGCAAGAGCUACAGUGUUUGGCUUCAGCAGUAGAACAGUUUACAUUUAUGGCCAUUGUACGGCUGUGAUAGUUGGUGUGUGCUUUACAAAUGUCUGGUUGACCUGUGCAAGAAAAAGUCUGGUUUACCUGUGGAAGAAGUUGGUAUUUAUCAUUGUCACAACUGUUUCUUGAUCUGAGAAGUACUAUUAGUUAGUCAACUGUGUACAAGAACUUUAAAAAAUCAAAGGAUGUACAAAAAUGUUAGGACAUUUUUUUGGAAAUGAUUCACUGAACACUUAGAAGUUGUUUUCUUGUAUGAACUUUUUUAAAUUUUAACCCUGAAUCAAGUGGCCCGAAAUGUUCACGAAGUGAGCAGUACUCAGUGUCAUACACACUAUGGAGCUUUGUGUGCCUGAGGUCUGUUUUGUCCCCAUUCCCUUUUUGGCGGACGUGGUGAAAAUCCAAGGUGGACUGAACGUGGAUGGACCAUUAAACAAGACACCUCCAUAUCUCUUUUUAUUUCAUUAACAACUUGUUGAAAUACAGUAACUCUCUAUUUUACAA